CCUCCCUUGACGUCCUCAGCCCGGGAGGCUAAAUAGAAGAAGUUGCAGGCAGCGGUCAAACAGCUCCAAAUUGUUCUCUAGGGAAGUAGGCGAAGUGCGUAAAGACCAGGGCGCAGAGGCAAUAGGAACAGACUGAAGUUGUGCCACCCGCGAGCGCAUCUGCCCUGCGGGGAAGUUUGUGGUUCGGAUCGCUUUAAGUGCCUGAAUAAAAUCAGCCGGGGUUGCUUUUUCAAGAAUGAAUGAAAUGAAAGUAGCAGUUUUGGGCAGCGAAGGAACAGGCAAAUCUGGUAAGGAUCCCCUCUGUUUGACCUCCCUUUUCUAGCUAUCUAAAUUGCUGUUGUAUAUCGGUUUACAGGCACUUUGGGAUAACUUAAAAAAACUACUGGAGUUCUCCAUGUCUCCCCCCCCCCCCAACGGUUUUUUGGCUGUGGUGAGGGACUGCUUGGUGUGUUUGUGAUAUAAUCUGAAGUUUACACGAAGUUUAUAGGAUAAGAUGUGUGUGUGUGUGUGUGUGUGUGAGAGAGAGAGAGAGAGAGAGAGAGAGAUUUUUUGUUUCCCAUUCUUUUGAUAUACGAUCAAGUGAUAUGUGUCCAAGAGGUGUCUUUAUUUAUUUUGCGCAAGAAAAUAAUUUUUUCCCAUAUACCUCAUCCAAAUUGCCAACAUUUCACAGGCCCUGCUUCUGUCCUGUUAACAGCAUUUUGGCAUAUGUAUCUAGAAAGUAUCUGUAUUUAUUUAUGUUAUAUGUUUUUAAAAAUUAAAAAUACCCUUCUUUCAAAAUACCUACUUAUGGUUGCCAUUUCCCCACCAAGACCUUGCUGCUAUGCCUUUAACAGGACUUUUGUAUAGAGCAGUGAAACCUCUGCCAGUGUGUAUCUUCAGUACCUAGAAAAGUGUUGGCUGCUUAAGUUCUAAAUGUCAUUCUUCAGGAACAGGAGGAGAACUGGUUGAAUAAAAGUUAGCCACUUAGCUCAUGUGAGGGUGUGUGUGUGUGUGUCCAGAAUUCUGGGAUGUCUUCAAUUUGAAAUUUUGCAAAGCAGCGUUUGAAACAGCUGAAAAUUCCAAUAGCUGAAUCUGAAACUGCAAAAUUGAAAUUGGAAGUUCAACUUUUUGAAUGGUACAUUUUCUUUCUUCUUUUUUUUAGAAGCACAAACUCUCUAAUGCUGUCAGUUUAGCAAUAUUUUCUUGAGCCCAUUUGAUCUAAAACAGACUUAUCUUCAGAGUUAACAUGCACAGACAUUUCAGUGAAUCAACUUUCCAAAUGUGACAUUUUGAUAUCUCACCUCUCCCGACCAAUAAUUUCCAAAACUAAGUCAUUGGCAAUGUUCUCCAAAACUAACUCUAGAGUCUAUAAAUCCAGAUUUGCACUAAGAUCUGUAAGCUAUUCACUCGCAAUAGCCCAAAUAUUGCUCCAGGGGUUCCUUAAGGAUGCCUUUGGGAUUCACCCAGUGGCACCUCUCCAGUGUAGAGCCAUUAAUUAAAUGUGUGGGAGAAUUAUCAUCAUCAUCAGCAACAUCAUCCUAAUUUGGCAUGAGAAAUCCCGUUGCUGAUGUUGCCAGCUUGUUUUGUGCAGACAUGAUGAGAUGAUAGGAUAGCCAUUUUCAGCUAUCUGAAGGGAUGUGUCACAUGGAAGAUGGAGCAAGCUUGCUUGCUGUUGCUCCAGAUACUAGGACCCGAACCAAUGGAUUCAAGUUACAAGAAAGGAGAUUCUGACUAAACAUUAGGAAGAACUUUCUGACUUGACAGUGGGAUAGACUACCUUGGAUGGUGGUGAACUCUCCUUUAUUGGAGACUUUUCAACAGAAGUUGGAUGACCACCUGCCAGGGUCUGUAACUGUCAUUCCUGCAUUGCAGGAGGUUACGCUAGAUGACCCUAGUGUAUCCCUUCCAACUCUGCAAUUCUUUGAGUCCUGCUAUUGUCCCAAAUUAUUUUGUGCAGACCCAAGUCCUGCAUUGUCCCAGAUUAUCGGUGGCAGAGCUGAAUGUGCUUCUAGCUUGAGGAGUAGAUCAUUCCACCACACUGCCCACUUUUACUGUUUCAAUUUGACACUGAAACUUGAAAUUCAAGUUCCAGGGGAGUAUGCAGGUGCCCAGGACAUUGUCUGAAGGCAAGUGAUGCAACACUCCUGUGGAAGUAAAGCAGACUGCAGUCUGAAGAGUGUUUGGAUGAGAGAUUCAGUGGGCUCCCCAUGUUUAACCAUCUUGAAUUCCACCAUGGGAGAAAAGACAGACUUAAAUGACAUUCAUAAAUGAGUGCUAAAAAGUGCCUCUCCAUUCUUUCCUCUUCUGCACCAAGUCCUUUCUCACCAGGGAUCCAUUGUUGGUCUCUUCAGCAUUAGGGACCAAUUAAUUGCCUGGAGCAUCUUGCUUUUGUCUCCUUUUCCAGGAAAGUGUCAGUACAUUCUGUGGCCAGGCUCCAGCAAAACUAAGUCCCAUUGAAAACAAAGGCAAUUGUUAGUUGCAGUCAACUUUCUCCAUCCGUGAGAUUUAGGGAGAUGGGGAUUUAUUGCAGUGUCUGUCCUGCAGAUGCACACAAGUCCACGUAACCUAGUUGUCAUCAGUGCCAGCCCACACUUUUGUGUCAUCAUGGCUGGCCCUACUUUGGGCCAGAAUGAAGUGUCUGUUGCUGGUAACUACGUAUGUCACAAAUGAGAAGCAAAUGAUUUAUUAUUGUAAUUAUAUUUCCAGAAAUAGAGGCUUGUGGAAUUUCUGCCUCAGUGCCAACUUUGUGGGUACUGUGCACAUUGUUGUCCUGCCUCCGGCAGCAAAAUGUCUUGGGUUUGUCCGACAGGCUGAAGAUCAUUUCUCAUGUCACAUUUUGUUCCUCUCAUUGCAGCCCUUACAGUACGCUUUCUGACCAGGCGCUUCAUUGGAGAAUAUGCUUCUGACUCUGGUAAGCCGCCACUAACUUGGAAAAUCUGAAUCUACUUUGCCUCUUAGGUCCCAUCUGCACUAUGCAUUGAAAGCAGAAUCACAGAAUUGUAGAGUUAGAAGAGACCCUGAGGAUCAAGUCCAACCACCUGCAACACAGGAGUAGGGAAUCAAACCUUCAACCUUGACAUUAUCAGCACCACGCUUUAACCAACUGAGCUAUCCAGGCUGACAUACCACUUUAUUUAUUUAUUUAUUUAUUUAUUUAUUUAUGAAUGAAUGAAUGAAUGGCAUUUACAGUGGAUGCCCGGGUUGCAAAUGUGAUCCUUGUGGGAUGCACAUUCGCAACCCGCAGCGUUUGCAACCCACACCUGCACAUCUGUGCAUGCGCAGGUUGUGAUUUGGCGCUUCUGCGCAUGCGCAAAGCACGAUUUAGCACUUCUGUGCAUGCACAACCACUGAAACCCAGAAGUAACUCAUUCCGGUACUUCUGGGUUUCGGCAGUCCGUAACCCGAAAAAACCUGCAACCUGAAGUAUGACUGUAUAUCCAAACUUUUUUCUGAGGAACUCAAUGUGGCAUAAAUGGAUGUCUUCCCCACCAUCUUAUCCUCACAACAACUCUGUGAGGUAGGUUAGGCUGAGAGAAUGUGACUGGCCUAAGUUCACUCCAUGAGUGACUGAGUGAGGAUGUGAAUCCUGGGGUUUUUACAUGAGCAGUGGCAACUCUAUUUUUUCUUUUUUUUACACUCAUGAUCAUGUGUGUCCUCCUUCUCUUGUCUCACAGAGUGCAUCUAUACAAAGCACGUUUGUCUGGAAGGAAAGCCGAUCAACCUGGAAAUAUAUGAUCCUUGUUCACAAGUAAGUUAAAGAACACUGCCGACAACACGCUCUGAUGUUGCAUCAUGUCACAUCACUCUGAAGGUCUUUUAAGUCAUGUUGGGAAAUAAAGUGCAGGAGAGGGGGCUGCGAGAUCCAUGGGUCUAAACUGAACCCCUAAUUAAGAUUCAUGUCUUCGAUGUCAAUCCAUUUUGAUCCAAAAAGUGGUCCAAACAUGGUUUGUGGUUGCGUGCUCCUUUCUGGGAUGCAAAUAAUUGAGAGGGUUGGGUUGGUGUUGGUGGAAACCAAUGGCUGGGAUCAAAUAAUUAUUUAAUGUAUGCAUCCACAUUCGCAUCCGAUAGCCCAUAAUCUGCUUAUGCAAUUCACUGCCACGUGAUGUUGCAAUGGCAAUAAGUUCACGUGCUGUUUAUAAAAAGGAAUUAAGUUGAUUCUUGGAGGAUGGUGCUGUCAAUGGCUGUUCCACUUAGGUUCCAGUUAGUUGUGAUAUUUCUGAUCACCAAAUAACAGGGGAGAGCCCAGGGGGGCUGGUUUGCCCCUGUUAUAGACAGAAUCUUGGGCUGUAUAUCAACACCAUAUAGGUGUGUGCACCAAAAGUUCAUGUGAACUUACAUGGAUAGUUGGUCUGGACCAACAAAGCAGUUAUUGUGAUUUUCUAUGUGUUUACAUGCUAAUAAUAAUAAUAAGAAGAAUUUAUUAUUUAUACCCCGCCCAUCUGGCUGGGUUUCCCCAGCCACUCUGGGCGGCUCUCAAGAGAAUAUUAAAAACAUGAUAAGACAUUAAAAACUUCCCUAAACAGGGUUGCCUUCAGAUGUCUUAAAAGUCAGAUAGUUGUUUAUUUCCUUGACAUCUGAUGGGAGAGUGUUCCACAGGGCGGACGCCACUACUGAGAAGGUCCUCUGCCUGGUUCCCUAUAACCUCACUUCUCAUAGUGAGGGAACCACCAGAAGGCCCUUGGAGCUGGACCUCGGUGUCCAUCUGAACGAUGGGGGUAGAGACACUGGGCCAAGGCCAUCUAGGGCUUUAAAGGCCAGCACCAACACUUUGAAUUGGGCUCAGAAACAUACUUGGAGCCAAUGUUGGUCUUUCAGGACCAGUGUUAUGUGGUCUCAGCGGCCACUCCCAGUAUCCCCCUUUGUUCUGCUUACCUCAGCUUCUCAUACUUCACUAGAAGCAGCUUUCAUAGGUUAAAGGUGAGAGUUUCCAGGGCAAAGUAUCUAAAAUUCAGUGCUUGCAGUCAUUAAGGUGCUCUAUGGUAUGCUAUGCUGACGCAUCCUCUCAUGUGAUGGGUCUGUUACCUUCCAGCCUCGACGGGGGAAGUUGUCCCUCACCGAUGAGCUCCAUUGGGCAGAUGGGUUUGUGGUCGUGUACGCAAUCAGUGACAGAGCCUCCUUUGCCUUUGCGAAAGCCUUGCUGUACCGGAUACGAGAGUGCCACAUGUCGGGCUGUAAAAGGUAAGCCCAUCAAUGGCUGGAACUAGGAAUGUUGAAAGGAUUGUGAUACCCAUGAGAGAGUCUGGUUAUUUCUUAUAGUUCCCAUCCUGUUGAACAUAUCUGUAUUACAGGGACUGCAUUCAGACAGCCCUUUAUUCUUAGGGUCACGGGUUUGAGCCUACAUUGGGCAGAAUAUUCCUGAACUGCAGGACGUUGGACUGUAUGAUCCUUGUGGUCCCUUCAAACUCCAAAUCUAUGAUUAUCCUCAUCCUUUUCACACUUUAUGUAAUCUGUCACAUGACAUAAGAGCCGCUUCUGCAAAUCUAGUAGAAAUCCCGUGCUCAUUCUCAGGUUGUUGUUGUUUAUUUAGUUGUCUUAGUCGUGUUCGACUCUCCGUGACCCUAUGAACCAGAGCAUGCUCCUUUUUUAUGUCCAUGGAGUUUUCUUGGCAAAAUACUGGAGUGGAUUGCCCGUUCCUUCUCCAAUUCUCAGGUUAACGACUUCCAAAAAAUAUUUGUUUGUGACACUGUUAACCUGGAAAAUCACGGGUGUUUUACACUGUAAUCUUCCUGUUGUCUUCGUGGAUCACACCACUGCCACCCAAGCAAUGAAAUUUGUGGUGCAGUUCUGGCAUAUAGGACUUUCCCGUAGUUUUCACGGUGGGAACAGAAGCAUGCAGGCAUUUGAAGAGUGGAGACAUGUCCCAUGAUGUCUGCUGUUGUGUCACACCAUGCCCACUGAAUGAAAUUUAGCAUGACAUGAGGGUAUAUCAAGCCAGUUCCAUAAUGCAACAGGUGACACACUGUAAAAUGAUGGUUGGACACCAGGACAGUAGUCCUAGCAGUAUAACCAGGAGAACUAAUGCAAUAACCCCCGUGUCUAAAUGCAUCCAGGGUUUUGCUGGCCUAAGAGUCAUUCCUUUUUCCCAAGAAGCCCUGGGAAAUGGAGUUACAUGAGGGUGGGAGAAGGAUCACAAUGGAGAAAUCUAAAGCAUUUCGCCAAACCGCAGUUCCUAAGAUUCUUUUAAGUGAAGCUAUGUCAGUUCAAGCAGGAUAUAUCUGAUAAAGGUUUGCAGUGCAGGUAAGGCCCUAAUCUCUUACAUUCAGGAUGCAAAACAUGAACUGAACCAUGUUCUUCAUUUGCUUCUUAAGAUUUAGGUACUGCCUUGCAAACCCAUUAUCAGUGGGGCUUAAAACUGUAUUGGUAAAAACACCACCAAAUUGUCUGAUCCAUGUGAAUAAGCUAAAGGCAGUAUUUCUAUGCAGCAUAAUGACUACUUACACAUUCCAAAAAUGGAGGAAACGCAUCAUCAAAGGAAGGACAUACAAAGUUGCAUCUGCUAGCUUAUAAACACAUUUAGAAAUUAAUACAGUGGUACCUUGGGUUACAAACACUUUGGUUUACAGACUCCGCUAACCCGGAAGUAGUACCUCGGGUUAAGAACUUUACCUCAGGAUGAGAACAGAAAUCGCGCGCCGGCGGCAGCGGGAGGCCCCAUUAGCUGAAGUUAACCUCAGGUUAAGAACGGUUUCAGGUUAAGAACGGACCUCCGGAAUGAAUUAAGUUCAUAACAGAGGUACCACUGUAAUAAUAAUAAUUAAUAAUGACACAUGAUAGAGGAUCUGUAAAACAGGACACAGGGCUACCCUAUGUAACAUAGAAAGCCGUUGUGGUUUAGUGGUUAGUGUUGUACUAGGACCUGGGAUUCCAGGGUUCAAAUCCCUGCUCAGUCACGAAACUCACUGGGUGAACUUGGGCCAGUCAAAGUCUCAACCUAAUGCCACCUUUAGCUCCUUGGAGAAUAGAGGGAAUAUAACUGCAAUAAUAAAUAAACAAUAAUAAGCAACAUCAGAAUAAAAUGAUCAACAAAUUGUGUUUCAUGAGUUUUUCCUCUCCUCAACUUUCCCUCAGGGCUGCAGACUCCACUGUCAUUUUAGUUGGGAACAAGCAGGAUCUGUGCCAUAUGCGUGAAGUUGGCUGGGAGGAAGGGCAAAAGUUGGCCCUGGACUACAAAUGCCAAUUCUGCGAACUGUCUGCGGCGGAACAUUGCCAGGAAGUGGCAGCCAUGUUCACCAAAGUCCUGAAGAACGUCACCUCAAACGCUAAGGGGAAGGAGAAAAGGCGGCCUAGUGGGUCAAAAUCUAUGGCCAAACUGAUCAACAACAUGUUUGGGAAGAGAAGGAAGUCUGUUUAAGGGAAGGUCCUCCAGCCGUGAUCAGGGCAGGAAGAAGAUGCACACAAACGAAGACCUAGUCAACAUGGAGAUUUUACUCCAGUGAAUUUCAUUUCUAAAGAGCUUCAUUUGAAAGGAAGCCAUAGAGCAAUAUUGAAUCAUUCACACAUUGCUUGAAGUCUGAUGGAUGGUUGACUCUCAUAGGGACCUGUGACCUGUCUCCGCUGAAAAGAGUUGUAUUUGAGUUGACACAUAACACAAAAGUUCUGCCUGCAGUAAUUGAAAUAUGAUGGCCGAUCCAGACAUGCACAUUUUUUGCUGCUACCGCCAAUGGGUAGGCAACAAAGCUUUCUUGACCCAGCUGAUGUCAGUCAACACUGAGUCCAAUUGAAAGCAACGGGACCUAAGCUAACAGCAGAAAACGACAUUGAGGUGGACUUGGGCUGGAUCUAGACACAUCAAAGAAACGCUUCAGAAAAAUGUGUUGUAAGCGUUAUAAUGAGAAAUCGAGAUGGCAAAAAUGGAACUCCACAGCGCCAUCUGGUGUCACAGUGUUAUGCUGCAUGUAAAACGCCUACAAAAUGCUUUUUCUUUACCAAUCUAGCUGAGUCCUAGGACCAGGAUCAAUGUGUCAACAAGGCUGAGAAGGAUACAUUGUGUGGAGACUAAGCUCCCAUCUGCACUAUAUAUAAAAAACUAUAUCAUACCACUUUAAAUAGCCAUAGUUUCCCCCAGAGAAUCAUGGGAACUGUGGUUUACUAAGGGUGCUGAGAGUUGUUAGGAGACCCCUAUUCCUCCUCACAGAGCUACAAUUUUCAGAGUAGUUUAACAGCCAAUCUCUCUUUUCAAUAAACUCUGGGAACUGAAGCCCUGCGAGAGGAAUAGUGGUCUCCUAGCAAUUCUCAGCACCCACAACAAACCACAAUUCGGAGCAUUCUUUUUUGGGUGGAAGCUUUAAAUUUAUAGUGCAGCCCAGAUUGCAAUAACUAUAAAUCCUUAGGGCCUGCUUUCAUCCUGACAUUUACUUGUUCUAUGGAGUUGACCUAACAGCUUCCCACAUCUCUUCUCCAUUCAUGUUUUUGUUUUUAUAGACCUAUCUAGCAAUACAAUCCUAUGCAUGUCUACUCAGAAGUAAGUCCUGCCUUGUCCAGUGAAGCUGUCAUGUAUAGGACUGCAGUCUAAGUCUGCCUAAAACUAUGUAUGGUUUACUUCUACUUAAAGCUUCCAGGUAGUCCAUAUUAUUAACAAUAAUUGGUUUUCUUACAAUAAAAUAUGCUAGUGCCUUUCAGGAGUAUUGCAAGCACAGGCCCAGGGCACAAAUUUGUUCCAAAAUUUGCAUAUGCUAAUUUCUAUGUGUAAAUGCACAUUUUGGUGUCUCAGCAAAAUAAGAGUGCCCGGGGUUCAUGCUGAGGAGCCUUGUGAGCAAAGUCAAAAAUAAAAUUAAGCUUUAAAGAAAGUGAGGAAGAAGACCCAACCAACAUAAAAGGGGAGCUUUAACUGAAGUAUGAAAAUACCAGAAGACUGCAAAGUGCAGACCACUGGUCAUAUGAUUGUGGAAUGAAGGGAUGGACACUCACAAACUCCCCUUGGUCAUCUCAGGGGAGCUGUAAGCACUGCAAAAACCCUGCACCCCAACCCUGAGAAUUUCACCACCAUUUUCUUUCUCCUUUGAUAAGUGCAAUUGUUUUAUCAUCCAUUGAUGGAGUACGGCUUUAAACAAGAACUUGCGAGAGAACUCUUUUAUGCAGCGUUAAUCCAUUCUGCCUUUCAACGCUGUUUUAUUAUUGUAUUUUAUGGCUUUUGGGCCAUUUUUGGAUUACGUUUGUUGUUUACUGUCCCGGUUAUUUUUAAUUAAGGGAGGUUUAUAAAUAAUAAAUAAAUAAAGGGCAGAGCGAACUGGUGAGAAAGAACCCUAAGAUCUUUCUUGGAAACCUCUUCCUCGGAGUUGCUUGGCAAAUUCUCAGGAGCAGUGAAAAAUAGAUAAAGCCAAGACAUUUGUUGCUUGAUCGGGGGAGGAGAAGUUGGGUUUUAUUGCUCCCCACAGAAACCUUUUAAGAAAAAAAAUACCCAGCUUUGACUAAUGCUGACAUUGUAAUGCCCUUCACAGAACACUUGAUAUCGUUAACUGGUAUCCUUGUGUGCUGGGGUCUCAGUUCCUGGGGGGGGGGGGGGGAUUAAUUGCCGUAUUUUUUGCUCUAUAAGACUCACCAGACCACAAGACGCACCUAGUUUUUGGAGGAGGAAAACAAGAAAAAAAAUAUUCUGAAUCUCAGAAGCCAGAACAGCAAGAGGGAUCGCUGUGCGGUGAAAGCAGCAAUCCCUCUUGCUGUUCUGGCUUCUGGGAUAGCUGCGCAGCCUGCAUUCGCUCCAUAAGACGCACACACAUUUCCCCUUACUUUUUAGGAGGGAAAAAGUGAGUCUUAUAGAGCAAAAAAUACGGUAACUGUUCUGUCUUUCUCGAUGGAAAGACAAGUUUGCAGUGUAGAGGGAGGUGGUCACUGAGCAUAGGAUCACCUAUGUGAAACUCAACCACGUAGGGCGUCAUUUUAGUGGGAAUCAGAAUUUAGUCCACCACACUAUUUCCCUGCAGGGAAAUGUAGGUAAAAUUCCCAGAGCCUUCCCAGUCAGUUAGCCCAUUGAGCCAAGGAACUAAUAGCAGCAGCAGAGAAAACAUGUUCUCCUCUUUACUUUCAACUUUCUUGGGCAUAUGAAACUAAUCACAAUUAUCUUGAAUUUCUGCUUAUCCCUCACGAAAGAAGGGCAUUUUCGCUGGCCGGGUUUAAUUCAAAUCCAUCAAACCUCCUUUGGGGAAGGUUCUCGGGAAUGGUGGAAGGAGAAAAAAUUUACCCAUGUGAAGACCACCUGCUGGAAACUCUUACUCAUAUGGUUCUUAAAUGUAAACUAUAUGCUGAUCUCCGCCAGCAGUUUCUAGAUCAACUCUGCAUCCCCAAAUGGAAACCAGAUUUGGAGGUCAUACAUUUUCUAUUACUGGGGAAUGAUCAGGAGCUCACCAAGUUAGUGGCUAAAUAUCUUUAUUUGGUUUUUUGUCGCAGAAACACAUUGCAGAUGUCUGAACUCCCUGGAGACCUAGAGAUGUAACGUUAGACUGUUUUGCCUCUUUUCAUUUGACAAAUGUUCUGUGACAUUGGGGAGGUGGUAAUUCUGUAUUGAUUCACAAUGGAUUUUUGCAUGUGAUGCCAAUAAAAGGUUUGAUGAUGAU